AUGGCUGGCGGCGAGAGGCGACCCCAGUGCCACCCCAGCUCUGCCAAACACUGCUUCGUCUCCAUGGACUAUGGACCUCACAGGAUUGUGAAUAAAGAGGAUCCCGCCAGCGACCAACCCCUGAAUGGCAUCGAUGCUGCUCCCCUGCGCAAGCCCCGCACCUCGCUGGAGAACUUCAAAAGGGUGGGGGUCCCCAUCAUCGCGGCCCUGCUGAGCCUGGCAACCAUCAUCAUUCUGGCUGUCCUCAUCAAGGUGAUUCUGGAUAAAUACUACUUCUUCUGCGGGCACCCCCUGCGCUUCAUCCCCUUGGGACAAGUGUGUGACGGCCAGGCAAACUGUGCCAUGGGAGAGGACGAGGAGCAGUGCGUCAAGGUCUUCCCUGAGCGACCCUCUGUGGCAGUCCGCCUCUCCAAGGACCGAUCCAGCCUGCAGGUGCUGAACCUGGCCACGGGGAACUGGGCCUCUGUCUGCUUCGACAGCUUCUCGCCAGCUCUGGCAAAGGCAGCCUGCAGGAAGAUGGGCUACAGCAGCAACCCCACGUUCAGAGCUGUGAAGAUUGGCCCAGGCCAGCAGCUGGAUGUUGUUGAAAUCACACAAAACAGCCAGGAGCUGCAGGUGCAGAACUCAAGCAGGCCAUGUCUCUCAGGCUCCCUGGUCUCCCUGACCUGCCUUGCCUGUGGGCAGAGCCCCAAGGCCCCUCGUGUGGUGGGCGGGCAGCAGGCCUCGGUGGAUUCCUGGCCUUGGCAGGUCAGCAUCCAGUACAAGAAGCAGCAUGUCUGCGGAGGGAGCAUCCUAGACCCCCACUGGAUCCUCACGGCAGCCCACUGCUUCAGGAAGCACCUCGACCUGUACAGCUGGAAGGUGCGGGCUGGCUCAGAGAAAGUGGACGACUCCCCGUCCCUGCCUGUGGCUAAGAUCUUCGUCUCCGAGUACAACAGCACGUACCCCAAGGAGAAGGACAUCGCCCUGGUGAAGCUGCGGUUCCCGCUCACCUUCUCAGACACAGUCAGGCCCAUCUGCCUACCCUUCUUCGAUGAGGAGCUCCCUCCAGCCACCCCGCUCUGGGUCGUGGGCUGGGGCUUUACAGAAGAGGGUGGAGGGAAGAUGUCCGACACGUUGCUGCAGGCGUCCGUCCAGGUCAUUGACCACACACGGUGCAAUGCAGAAGAUGCAUACCAGGGUGAAGUCACCGAGACGAUGUUGUGUGCGGGCAUUCCGGGAGGUGGCGUGGACACUUGCCAGGGCGACAGCGGUGGGCCCCUGAUGUACCAUGCUGGCCAGUGGCAGGUUGUGGGCAUCGUGAGCUGGGGCCAUGGCUGCGGGGGCCCGAGCACCCCAGGAGUGUACACCAAGGUUGCCGCCUAUCUUGACUGGAUCUACAAUGUCAGGAAGUCUGAGCUGUGACGCUGCCCCCCCGCUGCGGUGCUGGGAACUGCUUCUGUCUCCCCGACAUACAUGGGGAUCCCGCAGAAGACAGACA